AUGUAAACAUUAAAAGAAUAUGUUCCAAUUGUAUUGAUCAAAGAUUAAAUAAGCAAAAGAGAUAGCAAUUUAGAAGCUAAUGAAGAGAAGUAUAUCAUAAUUUAAAUUUAUAGAAUUCAUUUCAAAGAAUAAGAAACUAAAUCUCCUAAGAUCAGCUUUCAUAUAAAUAGUUCCAGAUCUACAUCUAUUUAAAAUACAAUCCCUAAUUUUUUAAAGGCAACUGUAUUUCCUAAUAUCCUUUCAAGAACAAAGUUAGAUAUUAUUAGAUAUAGACAUUCUUAAUAAAUAUAGUUGGAUCCUGAUAAUUUAACAACUCAUAGGGAAUGUAAAUUGCAAUAAGAAAUAAAAACCAGAUAAAAAGAAAAAGAUAAAUCAAAUUCUAAAAUGCAUACUUAAUUUACAAAGGGUCCUUCUCAAAAACCAAUUAUAACAUAGCUUACUACUUUAAUUAAAGAUAAUUUCAGUAUAUCUGAAAGAACGAGUUCAUUUAAAUUUCGAAGUUUAAGUCCUGAAAUUGAAGGAUAAGUUUGGUAAAAGAAUAAUAAAGUGAACAGAAUUAAUAAAGCUUAUGAAAUAUAAAAGAAAAUUCAUCAUUUAGAAAGAUUUAAAACUUAUUGGAAAACUGAUGAAAUUCAACAAAUUUUACAGUAAAAGAUAGUUCAAAUUGGUGUAAAUACAAAGAAAGGUUUGAAAUAGAUAUUUAUUUUGAUUUUCUUACCACAUCAAUGUGUUAAUUUAAAGAGUUCUUAAAUUGAAGCUAAAUAAAUGUAAUUUAAUUUUAAUUUAUAGAACUAAUAACUUAGAAUUAAGUAUAUUCCCUUUUUUUAUACCAAUUUAUGAGAAAAUCAUAAAUGAUAAAGAAUUAAUAGAUAAUUUUAGAUAAUGGAUUUCAUAUUUUUUGGACAUUUUACAUUUUAGAAAUCAAAUGAAAUAUACAAAAGUGUUUACUUUAGAUAGUAUUGAAAUAACUCAAUUAAAUCAAUUACCUUAAUAUGAUAAAUUUUUAUAUAUUUAACUCUAAGUAAAGAUAUUAUUAAUUUUAGGGAUAAUUUGAUUUAUGGAUUCAAUUAAAAUAACAAUUGAAUCUUUCAGGAGAAUUUUAAUUAGACAAAUACCCAAAAUUAGCUAUAAAAUUAUUAGAUUUAAAAUGUAAGGAAGAUAUUUCAAGAUUCUUUAAAAAAAGAGAAAAUUUAUUACCAUUCUAUUUUAGAUAAUAAUAACAUGAAAGUUAAACUACUAUUCCUUCAUAAUAUUUAAUUGAAGUUGAGAAUGAUUUAAGAGAACCUGAUGAAUAAAUGUUUGAAUAAUCAAUAAUUUAAAUGAAUGAAUAAGAAUAAGAUACAUAUUUAAAAUUGUUGUAACAAUACAUAUAAUCAAAUAAAUCAAAAUAUUCCAAUAAACUUAAGAAUUUAGAAGAAAUGAUGAGAUAAAGAUUAGAAAAGAUAAAAGCAAUGAAAAGAUAUUCAAUUCAAAUUAAACUUUAAGCAGUAAACAUUAUAAUUAAAAAAUUAGAAAAAAUAUUUAGGUUUUAAAGAAGAAGAGAUAUUUGAGUAGAAAUUAAUGUAGGAAAAUGAAUAAACUAUUUAAGAAAUUUAAGAAGAAGCUUUUGAUGAGAUUAUGCCAUAGAACACACAUAUUUUCAAAAAAAAAUAAAAAUAGAAUUUAUCAAUAGAAGAUCCUUUUUAAUCGUUUCAAAAUAAGGAUAAUGAAAAAUUUAAAGAGAUUAUAUAAUUAAUUAAUAUUGAAAAAAUUAUAUUAGAGAAGAAUUUAUCAAGAUAAGAUAUAUAUUAUUAUUUAUCUCUUUUUAAAGCAUUAAUGGAUAGUGAUACAACUAAGAGAAUAAAAGAUGUUAAAUAUCCUACAUUAUUUAUAAGUGUGGAUUAAUUAAAAAGAGGAAUUGCUUUUAUAGCUUUAUAUAAAAAUACUGUUAAUACAAAAAAAUUAGCUGAAGUUUACAAUCGAAAAUAUUAAUAUUGUGAAUUUAUGGAAUUUUUAGAUAUUUUUACAACUGAAUAUAGAGUGACAGAUGAAGAAUUAAAGGAUAUAGAAUUAAAUAAGGAAGAUUCAAUUUAAAAUUAUAGAAAACAAUCAGUUUUUGGAAGAUAGGAAUCUUUAAGAUAAUAAAUUGAUUAAAAUUGA